UAAAUACACACUCAGAACCUCUCUACCAACAGUUACCUCGUCGUCUAAAGGCUCCAACAGAUCUCGGAUCCGUACCGGGUUCGGAUCCUCCUCCUUCUAAACUGGAUCCCGUUCAAGAAACCGUCAAACCCUCCAACGGCCAGAUCCGCUACCGCUCCCCCUCCGCCGCCGAGCUCACCCACUCUCACGCGGAUCUCGACGCCAAGAUGAAGCGCGCCCGACAAGAAUCCAUACCCGAUAAGAUCCAGCGCUACAAAGGUGUGAUCCUCGUAGUUUCGAUCCCUUUGCUCCUGAUCUCGUUCGUGCUCUUCUUGAUGCCGCGAUCACCGGCGGCGCCGAAGCUGAUGACGACGGAGGACAUGUCGACGGUGGCGGUUGGUCGGAAGACGGUGCCUGGGGGCUUGGGUCCGAGGAGCUACGCGGUUAUUUUUGAUGCAGGGAGUUCAGGGAGUAGAGUUCAUGUGUAUUGUUUUGAUAAGAAUUUGGAUCUGGUUCAUAUUGGGAAGGAGCUCGAGUUGUUUGUCCAGAAAAAACCAGGCUUAAGCUCCUAUGCUGAAGAUCCCAAGGAGGCUGCAAAUUCACUAGUUUCUCUUCUGGAGCAAGCAGAAAGUGCAGUUCCUGUAGAAUUGCGGCAGUCAACACCAGUUCGAGUUGGGGCGACUGCAGGUUUGAGAACAUUGGGAGAUGAGACUGCUGAGGAAAUUCUUCAAGCGGUUAGGGAUCUCCUAAGGGACAAGAGUUCACUAAAAUCUCAACCGGAUUGGGUCACUGUCCUUGAUGGAACGCAGGAAGGAGCUUAUCAGUGGGUUACCAUAAAUUAUUUGCUAGGGAGGUUGGGGAAGAAAUACUCGAAGACAGUAGGAGUAGUUGAUCUGGGGGGUGGUUCUGUCCAAAUGGCAUAUGCUAUCUCAGAAAGUGAUGCUGCUAAGUCCCCACGAACCUCAGAUGGAGAAGAAAAGUAUGUGAAGGAGCUUCUACUUAAGGGAACAAAAUACUACCUCUAUGUUCACAGUUACUUGCAUUAUGGUUUACUGGCUGCUCGAGCAGAGAUUUUGAAGGUUGCAGAGGGCUCUUCCAGUUGUGUUUUGAAUGGUUAUCAUGGUACAUAUAAAUAUGGUGGUGGAGAAUUCCCAGCAAAUGGUUUGCCUUCUGGGGCUAGCUUUGCUGAGUGCAGGAGCGAUGUAGUUAAAGCUCUCAGAGUUGAUGAACCAGCAUGCACACAUAUGAAGUGUACGUUUGCUGGUGUAUGGAAUGGUGGAGGUGGAGAUGGGCAAAAGAAUCUUUUUGUUGCGUCCUUUUUCUUUGAUAGGGCCGCAGAGGCUGGCUUCGUGGAUGCCAAUUUACCAGUGGCUAAGGUUAAGCCUUCAGAUUUUGAGGAAGCAGCGAAGCGUGCUUGCAAAUUGAACGCAGAUGAGGCCAAGGCUACCUAUCCUCAUGUCUCAGAAGGAAAUCUCCCAUACCUGUGCAUGGAUCUCACUUAUCAGUACACAUUACUUGUUGAUGGAUUUGGAUUGGGGCCUUGGCAAGAAAUCACACUAGUGAAGAAGGUACAAUAUGGGGAUGCUUUAGUAGAAGCAGCUUGGCCAUUGGGUAGUGCCAUUGAAGUUGCAUCAUUGACAUAAAAACAACGCUUUUGGCAUUGGAGGAUUUUGUGGGGUGUAUAUUCUGGCCUUUUGACAUUGGAAGGUUCUAUUGAGCCAAUAAAGCAGAGGACAUCUCGGUCAAUUUUGCACUGAUUGCUGCUCAAUGGGAUUCAAGGUUUCUUUCCCUGGCAUGGAUAGAUUGUCCAUCUGUUUACGGAGAGGAGUUAUUUAUUACGGCUUACAGAUGAUUGGUAUGUGCUUAUGAGCUCAACUUUGAAUUGGUGAAGAGAGUAGAUUUGAUAAGUUCUUUGCAUUUCACAUUUUUUUUUAAUGUUGUAAUAGAGUACUGAACUAUAUUUAAAUUAGUAUUGAUUCCACCUGUUCUUUCAUUCAGUCAUUUGUUACCUUACCAAUCAGAUUCUUUUCUCCCCCUCCUUUU